UUGGUCAAAGAUAAGGAUAUUUUACUUUAGAUUAAUUGUGUUCAACUUUCGUGAAAAUGCAGAUUUUAAUAAAUCGACUUCAGAAAAGGCCUUCUUAUGAACCAGCUCAAGCUAUAUUAUCUCACACGGGUUUGAUUAAGAGUGAAGAUGGAUCCAGGAGACUUAGAGGUCAAUCUAUUGUUGACUAAUUGUCGUGGUUAUUUGAAAAAAGUUCAAGUCGAUGCUUUACAAUUUUCUCUUGGACGAAUUCCUACUGCUACAGAUGCAACAGGGAAACUUAAACGAGGCUGAUUCCCAAUAAAACUUGUUUCUUGAUUCCUGAAAGGAUUAAUAAUAUGACUUGUUUUUAAAGCGUUUAUAACUUCUUAAGAAGAUUAAAGUUCUUGCUAUUUAAAGGCAAUGCAUGAAGAAUCCUUUUGUCAGUUCUCAUCCUCAUCUAUCUCUAGUCAAACUUGAAAUGAAUUCAUUCGUACCUCUUUUGUUGUUUACAUUACCCAUCAUCUCAAAUGGACUCCAUUUGUCUUAUAAAAAGUCACAAUCGACUUUCCAAUCUUAUGACAAUGAAUUGACUGAUCAAGUCUGUGGUCGCGAUACUAUCCCAGGAAAAAUGCCAUUCUACGCUUCAAUAGAAGCAGAUGAUCCAACCAAGCAUUUCAAAUUGUGUAAUGGUGUCUUGAUUGCAAAUCGAUGGGUUUUGACUCCGGCCCAUUUUAUAUUCAGUUCUUUUGAAUCCAUACGAGUUGUUCUAGGUGACAAAUGGAACAAAAAAACAAUUGGAGUGGAAUCAGCGCACUUCCUUCCGGAUUUAGAUCGCAAAACACCUAUGAACAAUAUUGCCCUUUUAUUAUUGAAAGAACCAGUUCAGUUCAGUAGGAAUAUCCAACCAAUUUGUUUACCAGAACCUGGAGAAACUUUUUAUGGUCGCUAUGGAACACUGGCUGGCUGGACAGAACGGAAUCCAACAGAGAGAAAAUUACCUUCAAGUAUGCAUACAACCAGUUUGCCGAUUAUAAGAUCUGGUGAUUGUAGAAGAUUUUACGAUAAACCUGAAUUUAUUGACAAAAAUCUCACUGAUUCCUUAUUUUGUGCUGGUUACCCGGAAGGACCAAAAGAUGCAUGUCCUAAACUUGGUGAUCCGUUGAUGGUGAAAGUUCGAAAACAUUGGGUGAUUGCUGGAAUCACAGUGGCUAACAUGAGCUGUUGGAGGUCUCAUGCACUCGAUGCUUACCUUAGAGUUGGAUUUUUCUUGGACUGGAUUAAAAGCACAAUAGAAAAAUAUAAUAGUUGAAAUGUAUUCUGAAAUGAUUUGUAUGUUCACCUUUUUUCUUUGGUAAAUUAAAUAUAAUUUUCAAAAUAUGUUUUAGUCUGCCGUCUUGGUAUGCAAUCAAAAGCUCUUUUUCGGAAAGUGAUUCAGGAAGAUUUGAAAAUGCAUACUGUGAUAAUGGUUUAGGAUUUAAGGAGAUAAAUUUUAGGUUGAGCAUUGGGUAAUAUAAAAUCUUGAAGUCUUUAAAUCAUCUUUUGUGGUCGUAAGCGACGCGAGAAUAAAGGA